AUGAGGCCCUGGGUCCGCUCCAACAGGUCCCGAUCGGUCCAGUGUGAACACAAUCCUACUGCCCGUAUUUAUUUUCUCUUGGACGAAGAGGCGCACUCAGGGACGAACAUGUCUUUACGCACGGCACUGCCUGGGAAAGAUCGGAACCCGGACCAUCAUACCUCCCUGUCGGCCAGCCGCUCAGAGAAGGGUACCGGCUGGUCGGGCCGCUCACUUGGUGCUCGAUGUCGUAACUCCAUCGCCUUGUGCUCAGAUGAGCAGCCGCACAUCGGAAACUACCGGCUGCUCAAAACCAUCGGCAAGGGCAACUUCGCCAAGGUCAAGCUGGCACGACACAUCCUGACCGGCAGAGAGGUGAGUGAAAAGAACCAGGAAGAGAUCAUUGAUAAAACCCAACUUAACCCAACCAGUCUGCAGAAGCUGUUUCGAGAGGUACGCAUCAUGAAAACUCUGAACCAUCCCAACAUAGUGAAGUUGUUUGAGGUGAUUGAGACUGAGAAGACUCUUUACCUGAUUAUGGAGUACGCUAGCGGAGGCGAAGUGUUCGACUACCUCGUGGCUCACGGCAGAAUGAAGGAGAAGGAGGCCAGAGCCAAGUUCAGACAGAUUGUGUCUGCGGUGCACUACUGUCAUCGGAAGAACAUUGUUCACAGAGACUUGAAGGCGGAGAACUUGCUACUAGACGCCGACUCCAACAUCAAAAUAGCCGACUUUGGCUUCAGUAAUGAGUUCACUGCAGGCAGUAAACUGGACACCUUCUGCGGCUCCCCGCCUUACGCCGCCCCGGAGCUCUUCCAGGGGAAGAAGUACGACGGUCCAGAGGUGGACAUCUGGAGCCUGGGGGUCAUCCUGUACACACUGGUUAGCGGGUCCUUGCCGUUUGACGGACAGAACCUCAAGGAACUGCGGGAGCGUGUUUUGAGGGGGAAAUAUCGCGUGCCCUUCUACAUGUCUACAGACUGCGAGGGAAUCCUGCGCCGCUUCCUGGUCCUCAACCCUUCCAAACGCUGCUCGCUGGAUCAAAUAAUGAAAGACAAGUGGAUUAAUAUCGGCUUUGAAGGCGAGGAUCUAGUGCCCCACACAGAGCCUGAGGAGGACCUGAACAACACCAGCCGCAUCGAUGUGAUGGUAGGGAUGGGCUUCGCCAGAGAGGAGAUCAGAGACUCGCUGUCUACUCAGAAAUACAAUGAGGUCACGGCCACAUACCUGCUGCUGGGACGCAAGAACGACACGGAUGUCAGUGAGUCUCGCACGGCCAGCAGUCUGAGUCUAGCUCGAGUCCGACCCAGCACCAUCACCAAUGGUACCAGCAAACACACCACCUCCUCCUCUGCUGCACCAUCCUCUUCCUCCUCUGCCCACAAGCCUCAGCGCAGCGCCUCCACCUACCACCGCCAGAGACGGCACUCUGACUUCUGUGGUCCAGCAGUUCCAGUGUCGACGCACCCCAAGCGGAGUCCUAGUGGUGUAGGCGAAGUGGCGGGGCUUAAGGAGGAGCGUCUGUCAAGCCGCAAGCCGAGCACGAGCACCAUUGUCUCUCGGAGCAUCCCGACCCCCUCCAGCCCCAUGGUCAGCUCGGCUCAUAACCCCAACAAAGCCGAGAUACCCGACCGGCGCAAGGAAGUCACCACAACCCCAAACAACAUUCCUGCCAGUGCCAUGACUCGAAGGAACACUUAUGUGUGUACAGACCGAUCCAGCACCGACAGGAACACACUGUUGCAAAAUGGCAAGGAAAACAGCUCCAUAUCCCACCGCCUGCCCCCCUCCUCCCCCUCCACCCACAGCAUCGCCGGGGCCUCCGGGGUCUCGUCCUCCACGCCCUCCUCCCGCCUCUCCAGGGGCUCCACGGUGAGGAGCACUUUCCACGGGGGGCAGAUCAGAGACCGCCGCCCUCCCUCCCAUGCUCCCCCUGCUUCCCCAAUGCCAUCCCAUGAUGCCAGCCCCCUGCCCCACACCAGGACCCGGACCACCUCCACCCUGCUCAGCAAACUCACCUCCAAGCUGACCCGCAGGGUCACUAUUGACCCUUCUAAACGUCAGAGCUCAAACAAGUCCAUGUCGGGCUGCACCCUCCCACAGGGGACAAAAACAGUUAACGAACCUGAGAGAAUCAGCAGAUCUCCGGUCACAAGUCGCCAUCUAUCUGGGCAUCAGAAGGCGGCAGAGCCCCGGACCCCCCGAAGCGGAUGGGAUGUGAGGGUGCGGAGCCCUCGGGACCCGGCCGAGGUGGUGCUGGCGCUGCGUGAGGCGGCGCAGGGCUGCGGCUGCCAGGUGCACCUGGCCGGGCCCUUCCUGCUGUCCUGCACCCACGGAGCAGCCGGCGCCCGCGUGGCCUUCGAGGCCGAGGUCUGCCAGCUGCCCAGCGGGCUGGGCCAGAGCAGCGGGGUGAGGUUCAAGCGCCUGUGGGGGGCGCCGCUAGCCUUCAGAGACAUCGCCACCAAAGUGUCCAAAGAGCUGGAGCUCUGAGGGCGGCUGGAGGCGGGGUGGACCAAUCACAGACAGGACAGCUUGAUACAAGAGGAGGGAUGAAGAGGAAGGUCGCCUCCUCCUCUUCAUCCCUGGGCUCUGCCUCAUCUGAUGCAGCUAGAGAUGCCUCGCCUCCGCCAAAGACCCUCUUCCUCUGAUGCCACCAAUCACAGCCAGACCAACGGAUGCACGGACAGACCGCCAUCGGCAGACUUAUGGUGACCUUUGACAUUGGACCCUGCUUGAAACACACCUCCAUAUUAUGUGAGCCCAUGGAGUCUUUUUAUUUGUUAUCACAACUUCAUGUUUGAUGUAAGGAUGUUGCUGAGAAUGAUGGAGACUGAUUAUUGUUGACAUGUUAUUCCUAUUGUACCAUAUUUGUUGUCAUCAUUCCUUUUUAAAGAGCUGCUAUUUAAAGAGAUGUUUUAAUGUUUGUGUUUUAAGUUUAUCUUCCCUCUCUAAUGCUUUUUUAAAUGGGCAGAAGUUAGACAUCUGUUGUCGGGAGCAGACGUGACAUAUUUCAGAAGUGAGGCCGCAGUCCCACCACCGGCCUCUAGAGGGAGACAUGCAGAAAUGCAGAGACUUGUGACGGAUUGAAUGAAGCGUCACAGCCUGUCUGCCCAUACAUUGCUCCCAGUUAGUGCUCAAUUGGGAUUCUGAUGUUAGUUUUCCCCCUCUCUGGCCCAGUGCUGCCUCUCUGCCUGCUCCACUCUGCUGGAGCUGCUGACAGAGGAGCCGCGCUGUCUAAAGGUCACAGGACCCCUCUGAAGUGUUGUUCUUGAUAAACUGAUCACUAUGCUCUGCCAUUUACAUAUGUUACUUUGCCCAAUGUUUUGUCCCAUGCUACCUUUAUUAACAAGCAAAACUCCUCUAGAAAAAUGGAAAAUGAUACAACAUGUUUUUGGUUUAAAGUGCAAUGUGUGAUUGGUGUUCUUAUUUCACAAGUAGGCACUGUUAUUGUUCUUAUUUGACCUACACAGGGGAAACCGAUAGUCACUUACAUUAUUUUCCACUCAGCAGGUUUAGUCAAUUUAGUUUAGAUUUUGUUCAGCCAAUCAGAAUGCAUUAUUCUGAGUCCAAUAUGUGCUAAUUUAAAGGUUAUUUAAAUGAAAUGCAGUCAUUUUUAAAUGUAACUAAUGAAUUGUCUACCCAUUAAAAAUAAAAUGAAAAAGAAAUUCCAUGCACAUAUCCAAAUGCUUUCACUGAGUGCCAAGACAACUAAUAAUAAUUGUGUGCCACAAAUGGUUAAAACAUUUAUUAAUUACUGGUCAAAUAGCAUGGCUUUUUUCUUGACUGGUUCCAGUUUUUAUCUGUUGAGAUAGAACUGUUACAAAAAAAUCACUUUCAUUUUAAACAAAUCAUUCAGAAUGCCACCGCCACACACCUGAGAACCUACUGGAAUAAGCCUCCACUCAACAGGGCUCCUUGUUUCAUUUUCUUUUUGAUAUCGCUGAUAUGUUGUUAAAAUUCAUUGAGCACGUUUUUUGUUGCCAGGAAUGCAUUGUACUGCAAUGUCUGUUUUUAUUCAUUCCACAUCGUCUCACACAUAAUGUCCAUGAUUGACAUUCUGAAUGUCUUUCUUCCUUGGUGCACGUUUCGGCAUCUCUCACUUCUCCCAGUGGAUCAGCUUCAGGAUUCAGUGAGGUGACAAAGUCAGAUAAUGAAACUGAGGUACAGAUACAUCACUAUGGCCAUAACAAAUGGUUUAGUUCUUAACCUCUGCCACGCUACAAACUGUAAACCUUCGUCGACCAAUCAGGCUGCAGCACUGAGAUCCAAUUCCAGUAUGACUGUACGAGAUGUUUGACUGUUAAUCAAUCAGUUUCCUGCCGGAAAUAAAUUAAAAGCAUGCAACGUGAUGAAGGUUUAAGAUAAGACCUUUGAAAAAUAAGAUGUUCUUUUAUAUUCAUUAUACACUGAUGACUCCAAAACCCAAAGGUUGUUGUACUUGUAUUGUUUUCUACAAUGCCAAGCAAUGGUAACUUGUACUUUUAAAGUAUGCAGCACCUAACAGGACACUGGUCAGUGACAGGAAGAGCUGGAGGAACAGCAGUUUGGAUCUUUACGGCUGUGAGGUCUACAGGAAUGUCAAAUGGGAGGUUUUAGCUGCAGCAGGUAUCCAUGACUGUCUGAAAAUGUGAAGCUGUGAUUUAGGGCUAGAUAUUUUAUUUUUCUUCUUUCCGGUCCAACUGGGCUUCACUCUGAACCUGUUCUGUAGAUGCAGUUAGAGCCGUGCUUUAAGGCUAGAGUGCUGUUGUAUAGUAUGUUUGAAGCCGUGCUGUUAUCAAGAAAACUUAACUAAUGGGCUGAAAUAUGGAAAGGAUCGACCUGCAUGUCUCCUAGGAAAUAAUGUGUGACACAAAAAUAAAGACUUUCAACCUCUA